AUGUUUUCCAUUUUCUGGCUUAAUUUUUUUUUAAUUCUUUUUUAUUUUCUGCUAUUUAAUGUUGAUUGUAUGUGGAACCGCUUUAAAGGAAAAAAGAAAGAGAAGAGUCUUUUAGAAGCUCCUUUACUUUCUCAACAAAAUUAUGAGGAAGGGUCAUCGUCUUCAGGUACUCAAUCCAUUCAACAUUUUCAACCCAAUAAUGGAAAGAAAAUAUUGUUGGUAACUGAGGCAUUGUACCCACAUUACAAGUUCUCUGUAUGUUAA